AUGCGACCUCACGCCACUUUUCUCAGCGCCCGUCUCGCCUCUAUUGGGGCCACGACUGAUUCACCUGGGAUUUUUGAGGUUGACCUAAUCUUCCCCCAAAACAAGACUUACACGAUGCCUAACCGCACCGAAUUCACCAAAUUCCCAGUGGUAUGGGCAAUGCGGAAUGCUCCUCAGGCAAAGCUCCUAGAUGCGCGCAUAGAAUUUGCCAUGGACUGGGGCGCCGACCUACACCCCAUCCAAAAUGGCCGCCCUUCCAUUGUCAAUCCGAAUAGAACGGAUUAUAUACAAUAUGCGACUAUGCUUGUCCUGGGAGUUGCACUUGAAGGCACCUACCAGCUUGAAUGGCAAGUGGGUGGUGGACAGUGUCUGCCAAACAGCGGGAUCAGCAACUUAACCACCCCGAGGUCAUCAAUCUGGUUCCAAAUUGCAAACAGAGGUGGCGAGACUCCUGAUUUACUUGCAGCCGCUCAAGACUGUGCGGGAAGAAGUGGCCAAGCUAUCAAUGUCGCAUCGGUGCUAAAAAGCCCUUCUUGUCCUACCUGCGCCAAGCUGGAUGAGAUCGACCCGUUUCCAGACCCCGAUCCUUGCGCAGUACCUGUCGACCGCGUCGCUAUUAGCAAUAUCACAAGGGAUAUCGAAAUCGAUCAAAAUUCUAACAGCGGGUGCACAGCUCCCCGUCAGACGGGCCAUCUUUCAUGCCCCGCGAAGAGCGCUGCUCAGUUUGUGGCUGUCGGACUAUUGAUAUGGUUACCUGUUGCUGUAGCACUCUUUCUUUAG